GGGCGUUGCACACGUAGAAAAUAUACAAGCAGCAGCAUGGCUUCGGUAAAUUUAACUGGUGACCAGAUUUUACGUGCUCUUUCGUAAAGAAUCAAGACAGUUUAACGUCAUUGCUGUUGUUUUUGUUAUAGAUUUACUGACGGAAAACAUUUCUCAGUACGACGACAGGAACUAUCUAAACUUUAGCUUAGAAACAGCUCGCUGCAUGUCAGCGUGGCWGAUUGAAACAGACCAUAAUGUCUAAGACGAAGAAGAAGAAAACUAAUUCUGAUUCCAAAACACACAAGCCCACAGCUAAAGAUAAGAGGAAGGAUUUUUGGAUAAAACGCAACCCAAAAAAGAAGUUUCAGAAGGUAGCUGCUCCACUGAAACACCAAGAAAAAGCUGAAACACAGCAAACUGCACCUCCAGUAAAACCCCAGCAGUUCUCUUCCAACUGGAAAGCUUUACAAGAGAUCCUAAAGGCCAGUCAGCCAGAGAAAAAGAGCCCAGCGACACAGAAACAGAACGGUGUCUUUCCAAAGAAGGCAAAAGAAAAUGCUUCAAAAGGUGUUUACAAGAACAAUGCUGCAUCCAACCAGAUGGACGCUGAGAAAAAACAGAAGCCCAAAUCUGCUCCUAAUAGUGUUCCCAAGGAAACUGGUCUGAACUUAAAGGACCCCUCUGUCUCAGACGCUCGGCCGCCUGCUGCUCCAAAACGAAAAAAGGACAAAGGAAAGUCAAACAGCGAGCCUGAAGCUAAGAAAACAAAAUAUGUGGAGGAGAAGAGGAAACCGACAGAGGAGGAUCUUUGGUUCGACGACGUCGACCCUGAUGAUGUUGAGGAAACAAUAGGAGCCGAGGCUGCAGAGAUCAUGAGGAGGAAGCAGGGAGUACAUAAAAGCCUCCAUACGGAGAGCGCCUUGGUGAAGGAAAAAGGUUUUGAAGGCCUCACAAGAGUUGUGGCCGUCGAUUGUGAGAUGGUGGGAAUUGGUCCUGGUGGCGAGGACAGCAUGCUGGCUCGAGUGUCCAUCGUGAACCAGUUUGGAAAAUGCAUCUAUGACAAAUACGUGAAACCCACAGAGGAGGUCACAGACUACAGAACAGAAGUUAGCGGGAUCCGACCAGAGGACAUAAAGGACGGAGAGAAUGUACAGACUGUGCAGAAGGAGGUUGCAGACAUCCUGCAAGGGAGAAUAGUUGUUGGACAUGCUGUACACAAUGACUUUAAGAUUCUGCUCUUAGAUCAUCCAAAAAAGAAAAUCAGGGACACUCAGAAGUAUAAACCCUUCAAGAAGAUUGCCAAGAGCGGUCGGCCCUCACUGAAAGUCCUCUGUAAAGAAGUCCUCAACGUAAGGGUCCAGCAGGGGGAACAUUCAUCUGUCCAAGACGCACAGGCCACCAUGAGGCUGUACACUCUGGUGAAGAAACAGUGGGAAGCAGAGAUUAAAGCUAGCAAGACGAAGCAAAACUCAGAGAAAAAAAAUGAGAGGAAAACCCAGAUAAAAAGGAAGUCCGAUGAGAUUUAAAAACUCAAAACCAGUUUGCAAGAGGACAAACUGUCUCCUGUUGAGAGCAGAUACGACUGAAACACUUUGUUCUCAGGAGAAAAAGAAACAAGUGGCUUUUGGAGAAAAACUAGCAACAAAGCAGCAGGAUAUAUUAUGUAUAGAUGUAAAAAAUGAAGAAAAAAAAUCAUUAACCUGACAGUGGAAGACGAUCCUACAGUGGGGUGUGCUACAAAGCCAGAUUACUGGGCUAGUAAUGUAUGAUAAUCUGUAGGCCCAGAGUUGUCAGUGUCUUAAAGUUGGCUCUUCUAAGCUGGCUCAGUCACCAUGGCAACUCAUGAAACCUGCUCUGUUCAAAGCUUUGCAUUUAAAUCAACUAUAAAAAUAUCCCCUGUUUGCUUAUUUUCUUUUUCUACCGUAAUUGUAACAUAAAUGUGAAUUUUUAAUGUAAAAACCUUUGAGUGUGCAUCCCUCUUUUAUGAGGGAGUGCAUAAAGCCUGAAGAGGGGUCAAAAUAUUAGAAAAACAAAUUGAUUAUCACUGGUAUUAAAGCUAAUUUCUGGAAGUUGGGGAUUAUUCAAAACAACAAACAAAUAAAAAACUGUUUUGAGCUUGCUUUAAAACUACACCCCUCAGGUUUGUAAUCUAGUUUUAAUCCACCAUCCUCUUCAGACUAUUGUUGAGAACUCGUAAGAUUCGGACACAGUCACAAACUAUAUUUUUCUAAUUGUGGUUUAUAUCAAAUAAAACAUACAGCUUUUUUCCACA